AUGGCGAAAGAAGAUCGCGGCUCCUGCUCUCCUGGCAAGUUAUACGGACUGCUAGGCAUCACGACUGACGCUACUGAAGCUGAGAUUACGGCGGCCUACAAGGAAGCAGUGAAGAAGUAUGACAAAGCCCUGAAUACGACGAAGGACAAGGACAAGCGGCUGCUAACACAGGCCCGCCAGCACUUUUCGGAGGUGAGCAAAGCAUUCUACGUCCUCUCAAACGCAGAUCGUCGACAGCAUUACGACAACUCAAAUGUAAUCGUUGAACCGACUAAGCGAGACAAGAAGGCAAAGCCAACCGAUGACUACUUUGUGCAGUACAAUGAGAAUAGCGUCACUAUACAUAUCCCGGCUGGAUCGCACGAACACUGGGUAGACAACAUCGAAUCUCACUACAACACUUCUACCGACAACAAGGGUAGGAAUGGCAAUCAGCUGACUGUCCCUUUCUUUGAUCAUGAUACCACCAAAGCAGACCCGAUCGGCUCAGUAACCUUACAUGUAUACCAGACAAGCAAGAUACUUGUACAAGGCUCAGCAUGCUUCCUAUGGGUGUUGUAUACCUUUGAAGAAACUAAAAAGUCGCUAUCAAAAUGCCUUGACGACGAAGUUGGAUGCGAAGACACCAUGUGUCACAAAUGCGACCGUCCAGGGCCAGAAGACAGUGGCGUUAUCCAGUGUAACAACUGCCAGGAAUGGUUCCACUACUCCUGUACCGGCCUACACGAAUUCUUCCUCCGGCAACUGAUCAAAGACGAAGAAAGUGAAUUCACUUGUGCUGAAUGCAUCAUCAAGUAUCCAUGUGAAAAUGCAGGGGUACACCAGGGGCCUGAGGUACACCAGGUACAGAUUUCUACACGUGAAGAAGAAACUACCCCAAAGUCUGUAGUUGCCGAUUCUGUCACAGCAGAAACAGAAAAGCCGAAAGACACUAACAACAACAACAACAAUGAGCUCCAGUCACUUCAGGUAAACAUCGACAAGCUUGAGGCAAUUCUGGUCAGUAGAAUCACAAACGAUGACAACAAAAUGGACAUGUUGUCGGAACGCCUUUCGCGCAUUGAAUGCAAAUUGGCCGAAACAAAAGAAGCGCCUACCGAGAAAGUGGCAAAGGAAUGUGACAUGGAAGCGCUAAAGAAACGUGUCAAAACUCUCGAGGCUGAAAACAAAAACUUGCGCAACAGAAUCACAGCACUGGAAACAAAGAGUGUGAAAAGUGCUUCCAUUCAAACCGAUGUUCCACAACCGGUACAAGGGACUUCUCGAACCCCGACCAGAGACGAACCCACCGUCACCGUGCCGAACAUUCCCACCGACAAUAGGUUCCAGGCUCUGUCGGAGAAUGAGUCUGAAGAACGCGUUCCUAACAACCGUGAAGCGAUCAACCUUCGCAAUACCAGCCGAAACCCGUCACAGGAAGUUCGUACACAUGAGCACCAACGCAGCGUCAACUCAGCACACCCAGAAAUCAUCAUAGCGGGUGACUCAAACACGAGAGGUAUAAUGCCCAACAUUCUAUACCCUAGCAAGCAAGUCCAUAAAUAUGCAGCAAUGACUGUCCCACAAGCAACAGACCUCAUCAAGUCGACAUCCCACCAAGACCCAAAAUGUAUCGUGCUCCACGUGGGAACAAACGAUGUCAGACAGGAGAGAGCUGCACAAGGCGUGACAGAGAACAUCAGGCAACUGAUCAUGACGACACACGACAAAUACCCCAACACAGCUGUCGUCAUCUCCUCCAUUCCCCCGAGGAACGACGAACAUCUAAUGGCAGUGUCUCAAGACGUGAACAGUUUCCUACACGUCCUCGGCCAAGAGUUACCUUUCGUUCAUGUUGUCAAUAAUGACAACCUCGGAGACGGGAAGACAAUCAAACCGUCUCUGUACCACCGUGACGGCUAUCACCUGAACAAGUCAGGACUGAAAGUGAUGGCGGCCAACUGGAAAAGUGCUAUCCACCCCACUGUUGGUAUGGGGGCCUACAACAGAGGAGGAAGGAGAGCUGCCGCUGAAGUCCAGCACGGAAACGGCCAAGACAGACGUGGCGCCCAUCCUCGUGAGGUAGACCAACCCUCGUUCCCUCUGCGAACCAGCAAGAGUAGAAACGACACGAGAAGCAGCGCAAGACCCUCAGAGGGAGGCCGCCACUACCCUUGUCAAACAGCACCAAGCGAGUGCCCAAAUAGAGGCCCCACGGAUGACCAAGGUCAUGUCUUCAUGACAGAAGUGCAGAGGAACCCUCGAACAAAGAUCCAAACACCCCAUCGACCCCAGAGAGAAACCAAUGACGGGCGACCAGCGACUCCACCACACACAGGAGGCUCGGCGAGUCCCCCGUACACAGGAAGGCGACAGCCGCCCAUGGACCUCCAGCCCCCGCCAGCCCGCGGACAUGAAGACCACUACAUUGGACAGUUCCCAGUGUGUCCGCCCAGGUACAUUGAAAACUACUAUCAGCACCAUGGAGCUGACCGGCGGGAGAGAGACAACUACUGCCAACACCGUGAAGCUGACCGGCGGGAAAGAGACAACUACCACCAGCACCGUGAAGCUCACCGGGGCGAGAGAGACAACUACUACCAACACCGUGAAGCUGACCGGCGGGAGAGAGACUUCUACCAGCACCGUGAAGCUCACCGAGGCGAGAGAGACAACUACUACCAGCACCGUGAAGCUCACCGAGACGAGAGAGACAACUACUACCAGCACCGUGAAGCUCACCGAGACGAGAGAGACAACUACUACCAGCACCGUGAAGCUGACCGGCGGGAGAGAGACUUCUACCAGCACCGCGAAGCUCACCGGCGCUAGAGAGACGACUACGCAGCAUAUCAACCCAUGACGGUAUAUCCUUACGAGGUUGUUAGAACAUACUUGUAUGCAACGACUUAAUGUCCUCAAUGACUAUUAGUCUAGCACUAUGUAUUAUGUUAAAAAAAACAAAGCUUAGCUUACUGCUAAUAUACUAGCUUAAAUGCAACAAUACUCUUGUCGUAAAAGUAGGAACACAUGUCCUCUUGUUCCAAUUGUGAGAUAUUGCUAAGAAUAUGAGGUGUUCGCUGAACAUAGGUUUUUGGAACAUCCAUGGCUUAGGGAAAAAACUUAAGGAAGAUAGUUUUAGAAGUAGCGUAGACAAUCUAGAUUUCUUCUCUCUUCUCAAAACCUGGAGCAACGAAUCCUCAGAAAUAGACAUUCCAAAUUUCCAUCACUUUUCAUCCUUAAGAAAAAAACAUAGAAGGGCAAGAAGAAACUCUGGUGGGAUAAUCUUUUACUUCAGAAAAGAAUUGACAAAGUUUAUAAGAAGAGAACACUCUACAUCGGAUGACUUACUCUGGGUUCGAGUAUCAAAAGACUUGUUUGGACUAUCAAAAGAUGUUUUUAUAUGUACGGUAUAUAUAAGUCCCUUAUACUCAAAUGUCCACAAAAGGGCGGAUGAUUGUAUUUUUGAUACCCUGGAGAGGGAUAUAGCGACUUUUAGCUCCAAAGGCUAUAUUAUUUUAGGGGGAGAUUUCAAUAGUAGGAUAGGCUCUCUACAAGACCUCACCGAGGACCCCUUUGACCCGGAUUUUGAAGAAGAAAUUCCCCUUUCUAACCCAAAUAUCCCCAGAAUUAAUUCUGACAGAAC